AUGUAUGAUUCGAUUGCGCAGCAGCAUGUGGCGGAGACAGAGCAUAUAAAUAAUCUUGUUGGAGUGGUAGAUACAGAGGAUGCUAAUCCAGCUGAUCAGGAUUUGGUAGGAAUGUCAGUGUGUUCGGUUGAUGAAGCAUAUGACAUGUAUAAUGAUUAUGCUUUUAGAGUAGGUUUUAGUGUGAGGAGGGGUUGUGGUGCAUAUGUCCAAUUCGAUUUACAUGAGAAUGGGAUGUGGAUUGUUUUGAAGCACGAGAAGUUGCAUAAUCACGAAUUGGUUCCACCAAGCAAGAGUUACCUUCUAAGGUUACAUAGGAUGUUGUCUAGGAAUCAUAUAUCCUAUCUUACUGAUUUGAAGAGCAGUGGUGUGUCUGUUGCAGAUGGUGUAAGAUUCCUUAAAACACAAUCAGGGGGAUCACCACUUGUUGGUUUUACAAGUAGGGAUGCAUAUAACUCUCUAUGUAUCGAUGCAUUGAACAGAUUGGAUGGUACUGAUUUAAACACAUUGAUUGAAAUAUUCAAACAGAGACAGUCAAGUGAAAGGGAUUUUUACUUUGAUUUUGAGGUGGAUUUGGAGUCAAGGUUGUGUAGUUUUUUUUGGAGGGAUGGACGAAUGAGGAGAGAUUAUGAUUUGUUUGGGGACUUGUUAGUUCACGAUACAACAUGUCGUACUAACAAAUAUGACAUGAUUUGUGGACCUUUUGUUGGCAUGAAUCACCAUUGCAUGAAUGUUAUGUUUGGAUGCGGUUUUUUGAUGAAUGAGAAGACUGAGUCAUUUGUAUGGUUGUUUAAGACAUUUUUGAGAUCUAUGGAUUACAAAAGUCCACAAAGCAUAAUGACUGAUCAAUGUGCUGCUAUGGCUGCUGCAAUUGUUCAAGUUUUUCCAAGUUCACGACAUCGGCUAUGUAUAUGGCAUAUUGAUGAGAACUCAAAGAAACACAUUAAAGGGUUAAGAAAUCAAAAAGAUUUCUUAGAUAUAUUCAAUUGCUUGUUGAAGUAUAGGGAUACAGAGGCAGAGUUUGAAUUUUACUGGACAAGAGUGGAGAAGUAG